UGAGAUUGGAGAGGAAGUGGGAAGGCUCCAAUCUGUUCCUCACACCAGCGCCCUCAUGCCCCCACCCUUCUCCUCAGCUCGGGGCUUCGGCGCGCCUCAUCCUCGCCCCUCGCCCCGGGAGAGGGGCGGGCGGCGCGGCAGGGCUCGCGGAGAACGGCCGGCGGGAGCUGACGGCUUCCGCCCGGCACCAGGCGCCCGAAGCCACCCGCCCACCGGCGAGCCAGGCCCGAGGGCAGCCCCGGAGACCGCGGCGGCCGGAUGCGCGGCUGGUUCGAUGCCCAGAACUGAAUGCUGUGCUCCAGCUGUGGCCUCACCGGUGCUGAAUAGAGAGGAAGAGCCACCUUCAUAGCUUACAUGUGAUUCCUCUGCUUAUACAACCCAAUACUGGAUUUACUUACUUUGGCAAGAUAGCUGCAUUGUGCACUGUAUUUAAUGUUACGUGUACUGUAAUCCUGGGUCUUUCUCUGCAUUGCUGCCGUUAAACCCCCAAUCCUGCCAAUCUAAAACUCCUGCCUUUGUUUACCUGCCCUCCUCCCCCGUAGAACCCCCUUACAUUCAUCCACAAUGAAUGUCAUCUUUAUUCUCUCAUUUCCUUUCACUCUAAUCUUAAACUUUGGCAAAACUUUCCCUGUGUCUAUAAAUUGUCAGUUGUCAGCCAUCUUAUUUUUCUCCCUGCUUUGGUAAUGGGAUGUCUUUCAAGUCUUUUCUCUGGUUCUCUGCCUUUUAAACACUUAGUCGUUAAACACUUGGCACGGUGGAUUUAGUAAGCAUUCACUUGGCAUUUCUUCCAAAUCAAAUACCUAUGAACUCCUCCAAUUUGACCACCCGGUCAAGUUGUUUCCUAUACUUUAGUUCUUCUAUCCAGAUUAUCUGGACUCUCCUGACUUCUGUCCCUAUGACUUCAUUCAAGAUAUAGUACUAUGUCAUAGUUCUUCCCCAGGGAGGAGACAGUAAUAUUCAUUUGCCAUGGGAAUGUCUAACAAUAAGGAAAGUAUUGUUCUUCUUAAUUGUGAAUAGAAUAGUCUUUAAUAAUAUUAAACAAAUUCUUUCCUCCCAAUAUCUUAAUUUUUAAAAAAAUGCUAGAACUUAUGUUAUAUAAAUUUCUAAGAUGAGUGAGGUAAAGGAAGAAGGAAGGGAAGCAACGUUUUUGUGUUGAAUAGGAAAUGGUUCUCCAAGAAAGCUAAAUAGAGGUUCUUGUUGGGUUUGAACAAGAACCUGUCUGAAACGGGAGAUGAGACUUCGUUUUCCCUAGAUUCUGGAGCAUUAUUAUCUUAAUCUCAGAUUGAGAGUAGGCUUUAAAGUUGCUUUAUUUAGGACUGUUAACACAGUCAUACAAUCAUUUAAUUGUUUGCUUUGGUUAAUCAUUUGGAGUGUGGAAAGUGUAACCUUUUCUGAUUUAUUAUGAGUGAUAAGAAUUGGAAGGUCUCCCUUGUCCUUUUUAUCCAUUUCUAAAGUCCCUCUAGUUUAACUAAAUCCCAGUGUUUCUUAUAGUAGCAGUCAAGCUGAUGUUUGAGUUCUUCCCUUUUUUUUAGUUGAUGUGUCCUAUUUAAACAGCCUUCGCUUAGGUCUUUACUGAACCAAGAAGUUACCUUUUAUGUAUAUUUAUGUCUUGAGAGAGUUAAAAUCAAUUUGGAAAUCUUUUUAAUAUUAUUUCAAUACAUCAGAUUCCUAUCAUAUGGAUUUAGGAGUUAGCAAACAUUUUUCCUCAGACCCCUAAUAGAUAUUUUACAUAUCAACAUAUUACACGAUUAAAGUGUAUUACAAAGUCAGAGGUGGCAAGAUCUGUUAGGCUUUCUCGAUGAAAUAUAAAAUAUAUCAUCUGACUAUUCUUUCAUAUCUAAAACCAUUAGAUAUUGCUAGUUUCCGUAUUCACAAUUACAUAAGCCAAGUGAAAUUUUAAGCUCAAUUUGGUGCUUUCAAAGAAAGUAAAUCUUUUCUGUGGUUUCCCACCAUGUAUAUUGUCAAAGGUUGGUGGCUUUGCUUAUGCCUAUGUCACAUCCUGAUAAGUGUGGCACCUUUCUUCAAAGGAACAAUAGUUUUAUUCCUUGACUUUUGAAAUAACCUUCGGUGACAGAACCGACUAGGCUCUUCUGUGCUGAAUACUUUUCUCUAGGCAGCCAGUACAUAGUAAGCAGUGGCAUGGUUUCCAUCUCCAUUUAUGGCCUUGGAAGGGUGAAAGGGACAUGGCUGGGACUCUCCAUUUAUGGUCCUUAGAGGAGUUGAAAAGAGUGGUUGGGGUGUUCUUGGAGGCAGAAACUAGAUAUUGUGAGAUAAAAAUAAGUUGGUAGGAGAUGUUUGCAAUUCAAAUUCCUAUCCCUGCGAGGAGGGCAGAGGGCACUGGGAAGGGGGAGUAUUUAUGCAGAAAGUCAAAUGAGAUCUGCUGCAGGCAUUUGUCGCCUUCCAUUGGAAGGGUUGUCCAUGACACAUUUCCCAAGUUCAUUUCUGAUUUGUUCUAGAAAGUUCUGUGUUAUAUAGUUGUGACUGUCCUUUACAAAGAGAAAGACGGAACACGUUUAAAGAGUGUAUUAUCAGUUCUUUAAGGCAUCAUUUGAGGCAGCAGAAGAGUUCUCAAGAAAGGGAGAAUGAGGCAGGUGCUUCUGCAGGGGGUAGGCUGGCUGGUUUUAAGACGGUUUAUGACUCUAAUCAUUAUUUAUGUCUGAGGAAUAUCAUCUUAUGUGUUACGCUUUUAUUAUUCCUUUUUGCCCAUCUGGAUUUCUGGCCUCAAGGGACAGAUCUGCAGAGUAUUUGACAGAGUGCCUUGUAGUUUGUCAACUGUGAUUUAAAGAUACUGAACUUUCAUGGAGGCUUUAUAAAGAUUAUUAAGAGUUGUUUUAGUUUGGUGAGAAAAGGUGAUAUAUUGGCUUCUGGAGAGUAAUUUCACAUUUAGGAGAAAUUUGUAAUCUGGCUAAUGUGUAUAAAUUAAGUAUGAGGUGAACUGGUUUUGCACAGUUGAGUUUUGGAACUACCAGGGAGAAAGGGUCUUGUCUCAAAAAAAUUCUCAGAGUGAAGCCCAGUAAAGUAGAAGGGAGUCAGAGGAGAGAGACUGAAUGUAACUAAACUGAAUUUGGAAGCUGGGACUAAGUCCUUGAUUUGUGUUUGGAAUAUCAUAUAAGAUAUGCCAAUAAACUAAGGAAACUGGGCUAAUAAUCAGAAAUAUGCAUUAGCUGACCAUGAAGAGAAUUGAAGUGUUGUGCAAGAUAAUAAAAUUAUCUAGGUUUUAUCUGCAGACUUGCAUAAUGAUAUUUAUUUGCUGUGCCAUGAAGCAGAAAAAGAAGUGAAAUACCACCCUUCCACCUCACUUUCCCUCAAAAAAAGAAAUCAUUGGCCUCAUUUAUUGAGUUGUUUAGCUGGAAGUUUGAGUUGGCAGAAUAGCCUAGUAUUAGUGGCUAAUUUUUAGACAUAGGUAUUAGUGUAUUGUUUCUUGAUAAUUGACGUUUGAGGAUGGGAAUUGGUAGCAUUAUUGAUUUGACCUCUUUUAAAUUUUAGCAACUUCCCCAAAGACAGAGUGAGUUAGUACAGAAUAUGAACUAUGGAAGUAAUAUGUUUUACUAGCUAAUUCGUUUAGGUAAUUUUUUUUUACCCUGUAUUCCUUCUUAAUCAAUAGUGAGGAAGGUUAUAUUCUUUGCUUUGGGAAAUUCUUCUUUCUGUCCUCUCUCCCCCUCACUUUUUCCAAAUUCUGGGCACAAUAGCAGCUCUUUCUCUUCUGUGGUAGGUGUGCAUCCUAUUGGCUGGCUGGUAUUUCUUGUUUUCUUUUUUUUUCUUAUUCUUUUUAAAAGGGGGUGGGGGUAUAAAAAUAUGUGUAUGGGGUACAUGCAAUAAUGUUGUAAUGUUUCUUGUUGUUUAAUGGAUAAUUAAUUGCCAAAUAAUUGUUUGAAUUAUAACAUGUUUGAGUAAAUGCUAAAUUAGUAUUUUUUUCCUAAUAUAAUAAUGAAUUUGAAAUCUAGCAUUCCUGUAACAAUGUGUCUAUGUUUGUCUGUCUGUGUCUGUCUAAUAGUAAUUAAUGUCUGUGGUCCGUACCUGGAAGAGGAAGUACAGCUUUAAAGGAAUAACAAAAGACUUUGUGUCUUAGACCCUUCGCAGGUGUUACAGUCGGGUGAAAGAACAUGGUGUUGGGAAAAGAAAGAGCAGUUACACAUUUGAACAGUUGGAACAGGUGUUUGGUCAGGGAGGAUGGGAUGCUCAGCCCUGCCAGCCUGUACUUAUUAACAGUAGUGGCUUGUACCAGGAGCUGGAGUCAGAUGGCAGCACUAUGGAGGAGUAUUCACAGGAGGACUGGGGAAACCACAGUCAGGAGCUCCAUGGCUAUCCCACAGAUCAGGAAUUGGAUGAUAUACCUGUCACAAAGAGAACAUUAAAAAUAAAACAAGAGUCUUCUGAAGAAGCACAGAAGAGAGACAUCAUGCAGAAUAUUGUACAGAUUUUGGAAUCAGUACAGUUGAAAUGGGAACUAUUUCAGAGCUGGACAGACUUUUCAAGGCUUCAUCUUUCUAAUAAACUGGCCAUUUUUGGAAUUGGUUAUAACACCCGUUGGAAAGAGGAUAUCCGUUACCAUUAUGCUGAGAUCAGCUCCCAGGUACCCCUUGGCAAGCGACUCCGGGAGUACUUCAACUCCGAGAAGCCUGAGGGACGUAUCAUUAUGACCCGAGUGCAGAAAAUGAACUGGAAAAAUGUCUACUACAAAUUUUUAGAGAUCACUAUUAGUGAAGCUAGGUGCCUGGAGCUGCACAUGGAAAUUGACUGGAUACCCAUUGCCCACUCCAAACCAACGGGUGGCAACGUUGUUCAAUAUUUAUUGCCAGGAGGCAUUCCCAAAAGCCCAGGCCUUUAUGCCAUUGGCUAUGAAGAAUGUAUCGAGAGGCCCCCCUCACCCCACAUGGAGCGACGUUCCCUGGACGCCGGAAAGGAGGGCCGGAUUGACUUGGAAACCCUCUCAGCACAAGCCUCAUUACAGGUGGAAAUAGAACCCACCCGAAUUAUCUAUUGCUACCUCGGGAUUGCUGAGGUCAGGACUCUGCAGCAAUGCUUAUUUUUACAUUUCCAAGCAAAUACUAAAACCUUCAGCAAAGAUUGGGUUGGUAUUAAUGGGUUUUUGUCUCAGAACUGUAUUGUGGAUCCUGGAGUUUCCCCCAAAUCCAUCUAUAUCAAAUUUGUAGAAGUAGAGAGGGAUUUUCUUUCCGCUGGCUCUUUGGUUGAAUGCCUGGAAAAAGCCAUUGGAUACCCCUUAAAAUUUAACAACUGAAUGUCAUCCUUCAUAAGGAUUUGGGCUCUUACCUCCCUCUUCUCUACUCACUUCUCAUUACCCAGACUGUCCUUCAUCCAGAUGCUGCCAUCAGACUCUUCAUGGAAAUUCUUUCCACGAUUGGGCCAGUACACCUUCUAAGGAAUCAUAGUAGACUCUGGGCAGAAAAAACAGACCUCACCUGAAAAUGCUCAUUUUGAGCAAGCAAGAUAUACAGCGAACUUGCAUGGUGGGUCAGCUGUUUCUUUUUUAAAAACAAAAACCAAUUUUUAAAUGGAUUUUAGAGCCCUAAUAUAAACAAAUGUAGGUACAUUCCAUAUUGGACAAAACUUAUACUUUGAGUUUCAUAUGAAAUUGAAAAAUUGUAUUUUUUUCACAAUGUUUCAUUUUUACACAUCUCUAUGUCUCUAUAUAAGUAUUAUUUACAACCCUGAAUAAAUAAGCAAUAGAUAAUGGCAAGUUAAAUCUUGAGUCACAGUAAAGAAGACUGUUUUUCAAUAUCACACUUAGCUACUAUUGUAUAUAAUUUAGUUUCAUUUUUUUCACCAACCAAGUGUUUUGCUAUUCCCAAUCAGUGUUGCCUGCAAAGACCUUUGUUUCUGUGAUGUACCAACUUUAUGGUUGUGUUGCCAUUUAAACUUUUUUAAAAAAAAACAAAUUAAAGGAAUUCCUGGCCUCUUGG